AAAUGUGAAGAUGAUACCUGUCAUUGGACAGGGAGGAAAAAUUAGACACUAUGUGUCCAUUGUCAGAGUGUGCAAUGGCAACAAUAAGGCUCAGAAAAUAGCUGAAUGUGUGCAGUCUGACACUCAUACAGAUAAUCAGUCAGGCAAACAUAACGAGAGAAAAAGCUCACUAGAUGUCAGAACUGCUGCCUCUCGAACAAGCAAAGUUUCCAGCCAGAGACGACGCUCCUCCAUGGCCCGGAUACAUUCCAUGUAGAUCGAGGCGCCCAUCACCAAGGCAAUCGAUAUCAUCAGUGCUGCCCAGGAAAGCAGUCCCAUGCCUGUGACAGAAGCCUUAGAUCAUGUGCUGGAAAUUCUAAGAACCACUGAAUUAUAUUCACCACAAUUAGAUGUUAAGGACGAUGAUCCUCAUGACAUUGACCUUGUUGGGGGCUUAAUGUCUGAUGUUUUGCGAAGACCAUCCAGGAAUGAGUAUGUUCUUUCAACAAAAAACCUUCCGCAGGUUUCCAACAGUGUAAUCACCCCCACCUCCCUUCACGACGUCCCAUCACAGAUAACUUGGGCCAUGGAAAAUGAGGAAUCCUGGGACUUUGAUAUUUUUGAACUGGAAGCUGCCACUCAUAAAAGGCCUUUGAUUUAUCUUGGUCUCAAAAUAUUUGCUCGCUUUGGAGUCUGUGAAGUCUUAAAAUGCUCUGAGACAACGCUGAGAUCGUGGUUGCAAAUUAUCGAAGCCAAUUAUCAUGCUUCUAAACCCUACCACAAUUCUACACAUUCUGCUGACGUGCUUCAUGCCACUGCCUAUUUUCUCUGCAAAGAGAGGAUAAAGCAAACUUUAGAUCCACUUGAUGAGGUCGCUGCCCUCACUGCAGCCACUGUCCAUGACCUGGACCACCCCGGGAGAACCAACUCCUUCCUGUGCAAUGCUGGGAGCGAGCUGGCCAUUCUGCAUAACGACACUGCUGUGCUCGAGAGCCACCACGCGGCCUUGGCCUUCCAGCUGACCACUCGUGAUGAUAAAUGCAACAUCUUUAAAAACAUGGAGAGGGAUGACUACCGGACGCUGCGCCAGAGUAUUAUCGACAUGGUCUUAGCCACAGAAAUGACAAAGCACUUUGAGCACGUCAACAAAUUUGUCAAUAGCAUCAACAAGCCCUUGGCAGCAUUAGAGGAAGAUGGGGAAACUGAUAAAAAUCAAGAAGCCAUAAUCACUAUGCUCAGAACUCCAGACAACCACAGUCUGAUCAAACGAAUGCUGAUUAAGUGUGCUGAUGUGUCCAAUCCUUGCCGACCCCUGGAGCAGUGCAUUGAGUGGGCCGCACGUAUCUCAGAAGAAUGUUUUUCUCAGACUGAUGAAGAGAAGCGACAGGACUUGCCUGUGGUGAUGCCACUUUUUGACAGAAAUACCUGCAGCAUCCCCAAAUCCCAAAUCUCUUUCAUUGACUAUUUCAUCACAGACAUGUUUGCUGCUUGGGACGCCUUUGUAGACUUGCCUGAGUUAAUGCAGCAUCUUGACAACAAUUUUAAAUACUGGAAGGGACUGGACGAAAUGAAGCUGCGGAGCCUCCGCCCACCUCCGCAACAGUGGGCGACACUGCCUGGGGCCCUGACGCUGUGUCCCUCCAGUCACUUGGGAUUCCUGAGGGCGGUCAGAGUUCCUUGGUCCUUCCGUCCCCCGGUCUGCAGAGCCUGUCAGAGCACACAGGGACGUCGGCAACCUUCUGUAGCCACCAUCUGA